GCCAGCAACUCUUGUUUUAGCUUCCCUUGGAACCUUGGGAUAUUUGUCCAAUGCGUAUCAUUUUUCACUUUUGGCAGAACAAUUAGGUUUAUUCUAUAGUGCUUUAUCUACAUAUUAUUUAGGAGCCUCACUUGUUUGUAUUGCUGGUAUUAUUGGAGUAAUAAAGAAUAAAGUUAAUUAUGUCAAGGUUUAUGCGUAUUUUUACUGGUGGCAACUUUUGAUAGGAUUCUCUUUAUCAAUAUUCUUUUCUAUUAUUGCAUUUUAUUAUGACAAAGAUAUUUGUGAAAAACUUGUUGAACAACCUGAACUUCAUUUCUGUUUGGCAGUAUGGGCUUAUUAUCAAAAACUUAAGAUGGAAGAAAAACAGAGUGAAAUUCCCAACCCUGAUUAUGUUGUUUAUUAUACUCCUGUUCCAGCUUAUGCUGUCUCCCCACCACCAGCUUACGAUUCAGUCGCUUCAUCUCAAAUUGACGAAAAAACUAACGUAAAUAAUAACACUGAUCAAAAGUCUACCACUACUGUUAAUGUUGUUGAAUCAGAUGGUGAACCAAAGAAAUAA